UAGCCCUUCACUGUUCGUGUAAAUCUAUAUAAAAUCCACAACCACCAUUACAGACACUUAACAUAUCUGCUCCAACCACCCCAAUACCGUAAAAUAAAACAGACCCUAAAACAACACCGCCCAAAUGGAACCCAACCCAACCCCCAACUACAACCUCCAAGAAAUUCUCACCACUGACAUACGAACCGAAAUUCCCACCGAAACAGUCACCACCAUAACAUCGCAACCCCCCUUCGUCACCAUCCAGGGACUCUUCAACAUCCGCGACCUCAGCAGCGGCAAUCUGCGCCCGAGAUACGCCUACCGCGCCGGCGUUCUAUCCAGCAUCUCAGACGAGGGUAAAACUUCCCUUCGCGAUGUGGGGAUAUCCACCAUCUUCGACCUGCGCAGACACGAUGAACGGACGAAAUCGCCUAGCCCUGUCAUCGAGGGUGUCGAGACCGUCUGGGAACCAUAUACUCGCGACCCGGAACCGACUAACCCUCUAGCCUUCAAAGAAGAGGAUCAGGGCGUCUCCGGGUUUCUUAACAUGUUCAUGUGUAUUAUGGAGAUCUCGACGCCUGUUUUUAGAAAGGUCUUUCUGCAUAUUAGGGAUUGUCCGCAGAGGCCAUUUCUCUUUCAUUGUACUGCCGGUAGAGACCGUACCGGCGUCCUAGCGGCCUUAAUCCUCUUGCUAGCGGAUACGCCCUCCGACGCUAUUGUCCAUGACUUCGUCUUGAGUCGCGUCGGAAUCGAACCCGCUCGAAAGACGCUAAUGGCAGUCUUUCCGACCCUCUCCAGCACUGAGACUCCAGAGAGUGCCGGGUGGCUGGAGCUGAUGAGUGUGCGGGCUCCUGCGAUGGUUGCGUUUUUGGAUACGGUUGAACAGUCUUUCGGGGGCGUGAAGGGGUAUUUGACAGGCAUAUUGGGGUUUUCAAAUGAGGAUGUGGAAGUUAUGCGGGUGAACUUGAAGGGCAAUUAACAAGCGUUUCUUAUCUGUCUUCCAGAGGAUGUUAUGAUGGAGACAUUAUUUUGAUUGAUGGGGAUGGGAAAGAACUAUGGGGGACUUCAUCCUAACAUCCUCCCCCACCCACUACGUAUUCAAUCAAUAUUUCCCCAAUCAUGUAUCCUAAUACUAUCUAAGCUCAACGGAGGAUAAUACAAGCCAUAAACGGCAUACCAAAUUAGGGUCCCGAUAGCAUCACAUGACAUGACAUCAUGACCGGUAUAGUCAUUCCAAC